CGAGAUACGGCUCGUAUAUUUGAAUUUCUCAGUUUAUCCAGAGCCUUCAAGCCGACAAGAUCAGAGUGCCUCCAACGAAAUGGGUGAAGAAAUAGAUGUCUUAUUGGAAAAUGAUAGUUGCACCAUCAACGGGAUGGACCAAGAACAACCUGAUGCGACUUGCAAUGAUUCCAAAAUGGAAAAAUUUACUGAGAAAAAGUCAAGUCCAUAUACAUUUUUGCAAAACUGUAACUUCGUUGGCUUAUGGAUGUGUGUUCUUUAUAAUUUUUGCAUGCUUUUAAUAGUUGUGGCAAUAUUCAUGUACAGACGCUGGAAAUAAAAGGAUGACUGCGAAAGAGA